AUGUCGGGCAACGUUGUGGAUCCAGAAGCACGAGACAAGUACCUUUUGCAAGUAACCGCCGGACCAUCCUAUGACCCCUCCCAACACCAACAAGUGUCAGUAAACGGCUCAGAGGCAACUCACAUCGAAAGCGAUAUUCUAUCGGCAUGGGUGCGCGUCCGUAUCAAGGACUAUCAUGGCCUACCUCGUGGUUCUCCGGCUUCAUCAACGUACUUUCAGCACCCACAGCAUACAGCUGACCGUUACUCCGUCGCCUACUCCUUCGUUCCGAAGAAAGACAUGUCUGGUUCUGACCUGGUAAUGGGAUUCGACUAUGGUCACUCGAUCAAGCAUCAGUUGCCGCCAGGCUUCAAGUACGCAAUGAAGAUUGCAACCAGCCUGCUGGAUCCAGGACUGUAUUCCGAUGCCUAUUGUGACGAACCAUACUUAUAUGGGCCUGCACUGUCAAGUUUCUUCGCAUUUAGAAUCGGCGAAACAAUCAGCAAAGUCUCCGCCCAGGAUCAACUAGCACAGCUAGAGAAAGAGUCGGACAAUGUCAUUGAAGAAGGCGCAGUAGGAAGUGGCAAAGAGGUCAGGGAAGCAGCUGGAAUGCCCUCGAAAUGGAAGAAACGAAGAAAGUACUACCUUAACACGCAAGCCUUGGCAAACUUUACAUUUGAGAAAGAUCGCGUGUACCACGCUGACUUCUUCAACCCACACUUGGACUUUGCGAACUUUGCAUUAAGGCUCCCUGGAUUCUCUAUCUCAGUAGCGAAGUAUGUGGACGAGAAGACGCAUCAUUUGAGAUAUGUGCUCCGGAACCGGCGUACAGAAGAAGUGCUAUUUGUGGUCUUCUUCAAGUUGUUGUUCGGGAAGGAACUCGAUGAAACUUUAGAGCGGGAGAAGAGCCGGGAGAAUGCACCAGCUGUGGCGGAGAAUACGGCUCCGGUUGACGGACCGAGAAAAGAAGGCACAGGCCACGAUGAGCUCACAAAGGUGUGUGCUGCUGAAGAGGCUGAACGGCAGGCUGAAUUGCGUGCUUCACAACCCCAACCUUCGCCUGGAGAAUCCGCCACAGCGAGAGAUUCGAAAUUAGAACCUGCUGCGGCGCCAGCUUCAGCAGCAACUGACUACGACAAAGACCAUGAAGACCAGAGCUACAUUGGUCAAGCAUCUGCAGCGGCAACGAGCCUCGCAAACACCAUGACAGCGGUGUACACGGCCUUUGGCUUUGGUAACUUCUCGUCUUCAUCUUCAGAACCUGACAGCUCGAGCAGAAGCAGCUCACCGCGUCCCGAAAAUCGAACGAUGGCGGCAGAGAUUGAUGGGAUGGAUGACGAAAAGGUGGAACGCUACUUGCAGAGCAGGCAUAAAAGUUCAUGA